AGGAGGCUGUCAACUACAAGAUUUUUAUGAGGAUACCUCGAGGUCGACGGAGACACACAAUAAGGUCUAACGAGGUGGUCUCGAGGCUUUCGGGAAGAAAAACGGUUGAACGAUAGCCCGAGAUAAAUGUCGCGAAUCCAUUUGAACGAGCAACUUGCAAAUUCUGGCAAUGUACCGUGGCAGUGGACAUUAAUCGGUCGGCCAAGUAUGGCCGCGAGUCGGUUAUUAGACACGAGCCGGUCGUUCCUAUUGUGUCUAAUUCUUGGCUCGUAAAUCGUAGAGGAGUUGCACGUGCAUGCUGUACACGUCGUGCAUUACGAGCAACCAGUGCACGCAUCAUACCGUCCUUUAUGGUAGUCGGUAAUUUGCAUUCUCCCGAGAUACUGGCGCAUAUCUCCUUCGUUCUGUAAAUAAUGCUUCGUUUCUUUGCCCGUCGAUCUAACGAGUUUUAGUUUUCUUCGACCCAUUGUUCUCGUGCGUCGAGUAAAACCAAAUGAAAACCAACACGAUCAACUUUUACUUACAAUUACAAGUUUCCUCGUGUUAUUCGAUGGUAAAAUUAAAGUUGCCCGCGCAGCGUUGGUUUCGGGUCGCCGCGUACGGCGCGGAGCAGCGUGGAUAAUCGUCGAGCGAUUACAAGCGGAGCAUGACGCGCAACGAAUAAAUUUGCAAAUUAAUAAAUACGUGUUGUCCCGUGCGAUCAAUGGGUACCGGCAAGGAGAACAAACGAAAGCGUUCGGGAAAAAAGAAAAUGAAAAGGCAUCGGAACGGUAAGAGGCUUAGUUUCAUCGAGGCGUCGUAAUAAAUAACGUUCAGCUAAUUGCCUACAAAAGCAAUCUCUUCAUUUUUUAUGACAGUUUGAUGUCCACAUUAUCGCCUCGAACAAUUUAUCGUAACAAACAAAUUCGGAUAACGAAUAAGCUAUUAUCGUAAUCGAAUCUUGAAUCGAGCGCGUUGAAUGACGGGCAAUAAGUUAUGGUCUGAGCGGCGGCGAGAAGCAAACGCGCAGGGCGUACCAAUUCCGUCAAUGCCAGCAAAACGAGCAACGCAACCAGGUAAAUAGCUUAACGCGUUGCUCGAUGAAUUAUGCGUUAACGAACCUCUGCAAAAAUUUCUCUUAUUUAUCGGGCGGACAACGUUAUCGCGAUCGUUGCGCUCUCCAGGCGCCACACGUUCCCCACGAAUUAAAAGCUCUUUCCCUUUCAACGAUUUUCGUCGAGUAUCCUGAUCGUAAAUUAAGAACAACGUUUCUUUGAAAGACCGUGAACUCGUCGACGUUACUUUUCAUUCUUCCACGUUGAAAGUAAGACGUCCCAACUGGAUCUCCGCGAACGCGUCGACGCGGUGCAUCGAAUCGAGGACGUUGCCGCAAGUACCUAACGAGCCACCGAGGCAGCAACAAUGACGCGCGCCUUGAAUUUAUUGCACCUGCCGAUAAACCUAUAAACAGAAAUCAUUAAACGCUACAAUGACGUCGGGUUGCAGACAAGCCGACGUUGAAUCGAUGAUAAUUGAUUUCGCGAGUUCACGCUCCGGCUCGAUACGGUUGAACCGCAAAUGGUACUUUUUCAAUGAGAUCGAUGAUCGGAUUAUUUGCCGGCAACGAAUGCCUACAUUCGCUAUUAUUUGCGCUGAAAGUGUGCCUCCUAGGCACCAAGCCUAAUUAAACGCCAUUACCUAGAAAACCCCUUUCAUUCUGUAUUCUCCAUUCUUUCCCAUUUUGCAUCGAAUCCAUUGACAAACUGGAAUAAUUCGCAAACGUGGUGCACGCGUGACGGAACAUUUUCUUUCUCGCGUCGAAGGUGAACGUUACAGGGAGCCGCAAAAAAGUGCUUGCAAAUUCGUCAUUGAAAGUAGACGAGUGACGGAUAAGCCAGCAAUUAUCCUUGGCACGAUCGGCAACGAACACGUCGUUGCUAAUUGUCGGUACUAAUUGCUUGUCACCACUCUCACGGUGUCGUGGAUACUUGCACGUACCUACUUACAUUUUCCUCGCGACAACCCGCGAAUACUCCCGGGGAUACGAGCUUCUAGGUAAUCGUGAUUCAAGCGGCAGAAAGUGUCGCGGAAAAUCGACCGUGUCUGACCAAAGAUCGUCCGAAUAGAUUUUCGUUGGUUUCGUCAGUUUGAUGAAAAGAUAAAGCGGGAAAUGAAAUCCUUGGACCGCUUCUAGUGGCUCGUUAAUCGAUUUCUCCUUUGAGAAGACUCGAUCAGGAAAGACCUUUGCGAAUCCUUUCGACGUGGGAUCGAGCAUCCUUGUCGUUUUUUCACUCGAUCCAUAAGAGAAUCGACAAGCAGCAGCGGUGUCUUUAUUUGCCAUGUACGCGUGCGAAUAUACGCGUGUACGAGCCCCGAGGAGAAACGGUUUCAAUGUAAUUAUCGUUUAGAACGAUAAUAAUAAUAAGCUGCAGUAAUUCGCGAUAAAACGAUAGAGAACGCGGAACAAUGCAGCACGCGAUUAGCGUUAUAGAAAAUAUGACUGAGCACGAGCUUCGUUGAAAUCGAGAUCGACAGCUCGACUCGUUUCCAAGAAGCGAUACAAUCGGACAUGGAAAUCUCGAAGGCAAGACCCCUACGCGUUCAUUAACAUAUUAACGCGUUUACAAUCGCGCUUAUACCGUUCGUUUCGCUAUCGCAGCUGGGGCCCUCGAGACAUUUUGGCGUUUCUGAAAAAUUUAACGACCUCUUAUCUUUUCGUACGCUAGGUGACUUUGGAGGAAAAAUCGCGUAACCCUUUCCAGGCUAAAAAUCUAAGUGAAAUUGUAACGUGAGAUCGGGAUCUAGGAAGGAAGCGACUCGGAUCGGUAGAUCGUACUCCUCGGCUGGAUAUCACCUACGUCAGAGACGAUAUACCGCGCGAACAGCACUAAAAGCAGCAGCAACAACGACAACCGCGCUCUCGUGUCCACUUGGAGAGGAAAGAGUGGGACAGGAGGAGAGAUCCGCGACGAAGUUCUGUAGCUGAAGUUGAAGCUGGAGCUGGAGCUGGAGAGGCGAGAGACCGGGGAGACGAGCGAGUCGACGGGAAGAAAGAACAGAGAGAAGCGGGCUGAAACGAAGCCGAAGCCGAAGCCGAAGCUUGUGGUCUCUCGCCGACUCGUGGCCAGUUUCAGCCGCAACGCUCGACCGUCAAGCUCGCGAUUCGAGCGUACCAGCGCAACGGCGAUCGCGCAGUCUCUCUCAUCGAGAUGCGAACAUCGUCGCCGAUACUUUCGACCGAGUGGACCGAUUCGUACUUGACCAACGAUGCAUCUGCCUGUUCAAUGAACCAUUGACUGUUUCGGUGUGCAUCGCGCGGAUUCAUUCGCCAGUUGUCCAGCGGAGUUAAAGCGCCUCGAACCUUUGGGAAAUCGAGCACAAAUCUCGAUGCCCUGGGACUUGAUCGCGAGCCGUGAUCGUCCGUUUCACGCAUUCGUCGGCAUGCUCGAUCCUGUUUGUUGACCACUGGUCUGGAUACGUCAUGAUUUACCAGCCGAAUCAUCAGUCGCCGACGAUGUCAUCCGCGAGGAAGACGUCCCCACGGCCUCAGCGUCGGAAUCUGCAAGCGUCGUCGGGAAAGUGCGCGAAUGCGAAAGCGAAAGCGAAAGCGAAACGCGUGACAGACAGGACGGGCAACGAGGAGCGAUGCAGGGGAAGAUGCAGAGUGCAAUGGAGCGAGAAACACGUUAAGGAGGGGUUGGUUCUCGUUCAAGAGGCGCAACUGGCCAGGGUGGUGAAAACUGGACCGAUCACCGAGCACUACGAGAUCGAUUCGAAGCCGUUCGCAAACGGGCAAUGGGCGAAAGUGUAUCGGUGCAGGUCUCGAUCUAGCGGGAUCCUCUACGCGGCUAAGUUCUCCUCGAGAAGCAGAUUCAACGCGGACUGCAGCGCCGAGCUGAGGCACGAAAUCGCCCUUUUGUCUCUCUGCUCGCAAUCGCCACGGGUCGUUCGAUUGCACGACGUAUACGAGACGCCGAAGGAAAUUAUUCUGGUGAUGGAAUACGCACCUGGAGGCGAUCUACAGACGCUCAUCGACGGUGAUUUGGUGCCCCUCGAAGGUGACGUGGUACACUUUGUGAGGCAGCUAGUAGAAGGACUUGCCUACCUCCACGAGAGAAAUAUCGCCCAUUUGGACAUCAAGCCGCAGAAUUUGGUGAUGAUGGGCAGUUUCCCAGAAUGCGAGGUGAAACUGUGCGACUUUGAGAUCUCGAGAGUGGUCUUAGAGGGGACAGAGGUUCGUGAAAUCCUCGGGACACCGGAUUACGUGGCACCCGAAAUUCUGCACUAUGAGCCCAUCACUUUGGCUGCCGACAUGUGGUCGUUGGGCGUAACGACGUACGUGCUGUUAACCGGAUUCUCUCCUUUCGGCGGCGAGACCGAUCAAGAAACGUUUCAAAAUAUUUCUUUAGGUGAGGUAGACUUUCCGGAGGAACUGUUUGGAGAUAUCUCGGCGCAGGCAAAGGAUUUCGUCGCGAAGCUUCUGGUGCUAGACCCAAGCGCACGAAUGACCGCGAAACAAUGCCUGCGUCACGACUGGCUGCGUGCAGCACCUACACAAGCGUCGCCUCACCUGAGAAGAUACCUGUCGAAAUCGAGGGAAGUCCUUCUGGAACGAGUGGUCGGUCGGGAGAAUCUUAGAAGAGCGGCGCUGUUGAGCCAGGCAAGCAGCCAAGCGAAUCUCUCGAGCGACGUCCAAGAGUCGAAUCAUCGCGAUCAAAGCUUGCAGGACUGUUUGCUGAGUCAAAGCGAGAUGUGUCUGAGUCACCGUCUCACCGGAAGCCGAUCUAGCCUCGAGGGUAGCGAAGAUUUCCCGAGUCCGGCUGACUCGCGGACAAGCCUAAAUUCAUCCAGAACGAAUUUAAGUUGCGCCAGCCAGAGCUGUUUGCUAAAUAAAGAGCAAACACAAGGCUUGCUGAGUCGCGCACGAAGUCGUUCGCAGGCGAAUCUGAAUCACGGGCCCAGUCGAGGAUUGCUGUCCAGAAUACGAAGCCUGAAUCGAAUCCAAUCCCAGGCGUGUUUGCUCAAUGGAAAUUCCUCGGCAAACUCGAGUUCGUUGCAAACGCGAAUGAUAGUAAAUCCGGUAAUUAGCAAAUCACGCGAGAAACUUUACGGUCUAAGAUCUUUGUCAAAAUCCCAAGGGAUGUUGGACAUAUACAGAAGCCUGGAGUGCCUAAGACGAAGAAGGAAGAGUUACCAACGUGCCAAGACCGAGGACAUGUUGCCCAUCUUCAAACGAUUAGGCGCUGAAAUCGAUGCUUCGAAUGCUUACAGCAUAGACGAUAUAUCGACUCUAAGCGAAACUAAGAAACAUUUUAACGAAGAAAACAUACAGGUUCCAAAGUUGGAGGUGUCGCAGCCGGAAACUUUCGACUGUCUCCAAGUCGCUACCCAUACCGAGAUCUUAAACGUUCAAUCGCCGUCCGUGACACCGGUAGAAGAGAAGGUUCAAAAUCAGAUGGAAGUAUCGAGAGGCCAAACUUUCGAGUCUGAGGAGAAUUUGGACUCGUUGAAAUCAAUCGAAUCGGACACGCUGACCGAAGAGUCGGACGAAACGUCUGUGAAUCGCGAAACGGAAUCGAAUCUGAUAGCCGGCAAACGACCCUGUCAACGACAGCACUCGGACGCUUCGAGUCACUCGAACAAUUCGGCAACUUCCGACGACAAAGAAGAUCGCUCGACAGAGUCCGAAACCGAGGAACCAAAGUACACAGUGGCGCAGCUCGUCUCCGCGUUUAACAAACACCAGGAGGUCGCCUCGAGAACCAGCUUGGAAGCGAUAAUGACCGAGAAGAGAGUGAACGAAGUAACCUUCCCUACCGGAACAAAAGCGCUCAGGCUUUUUAUACCAGACAUCAAUAUCAGCGAGAGUAAAAUCGUUAGACGGAAGACGAGUUACAAGCCGCGGAAGAACUGGGAAGAGCUGAGGAAAAAGAGCGAGAAAAACGAAGGGAUCCUGAAGAACUUCGUCAGUGAUUCAGCAAACGAAGACGAAGACGAGGAUAUCGAUAAUCGGGAAAAGUCAAAAAUCGAAAGCAACACUUCUGUGAACGAUGAAAAGAAAUUAGAUAUCGAGGAGACGAAGGAAAGGUGGGAACAACAGGAAGAUCGAUGGUCAAUGAUCAUUCCGCCGAUCGAAAUCAACGGCGAUUCUAUUUUCACAGAAGAUUCGGCUCGUAACAAUGUCGAUACCACGAUAGACGAGAAAUACAAGCGUUGCGUGAAGGGUGCUAAGUUGAACGCAACGGAGACAACAAACGAAAAGCCUCAAAAGACGACCGCUACUUUCACUCGUCAAAAAGAAAGACUGCCAAAUUAUAUAUAUCCCGAGGUAACGUACCAUGUCAAAGACGAUUCUCAGGACACGCUUAAGAAGACAGCUACCACAGUUUCGAACGGAAAGUCGAGCCCAAAAGAACAAAGAACCGAUAGACCGAAAGCAACAACCCAUGUUAUGGAAUGUGUCAACGUAAACUUGAAAGAUAUCCUUCAGAGGGUGGACACGUUUCAAAGUACGCCGAAAGAAAAUUUGGAAAAUUUAAGGAAAAGAACGUCGAUUGCCAAGAUAAUUCUAAAUGACAAUUUGUCUCACGAUAAUCAGGAUACGAACGAGGGUGGAAUUCGAGGAACGGGUAGUCGUGCUAGAAGCGAGCCACCUUCGAGCUUACCUUCGAAAGAGGAAGUUAAUAAAAUAAAAUUGAUUGUACCACCCUCUUUUGUAAGAUCUUCUUCUUUGUCCAGCGAUAGCAGCUGUCCGACACCUUCCAGCGUGCAAUCGGACGUGAACGUCUCCUGGGAGGACGUCCAGCAGACGGAAAAAGAGGAUCCCAGCAAAGUUCGAAGAAGAAAUGAAAUUCAGAGAACUUCGAGCGAAGGGAGAAACAAACAGUGCUCGGAAGACAAGAGACUUUGGGGUAGAGUCUGUACAGGAUCUUACAGCAGAGCCAUGGAGAAAUUUAACAAGAACAACAACGAGCCGAACAAAAAAUCUGUUGUUCAGCUAAAUGGACUGCAACAAAACGAGAAAACCAGAAGGAAAAGCAGCCCCGCGAUGCCUCAAUAUAUCAACCCCUAAAAAAAUAGACUUCUCCUUCUCCAAGACUGAAUCUAGUGUGCUCGAUCUUCCCCGAUUACGGUAACCGUGAAUUUUCGCGAUCUUAAUGCAAACGCGUUUUCUUUGAUUAAAGAGCGAAGCUGACAAAUAAAUAAUCGGCAAACGUGUGUCAUCAAAUCGUACGCGACAAACGGUAACCCGUCAUUAACGUCGUCAAAUAUGGAGAUUAAACGUGAUCCAUCGUCACAGACGUAUCCUUGACUUAAUCUCCAUAUCGAGCAAUCUAACAGAAUAAUUUUCUUUUUUGUUGAAGCGUAGAAUCGAUCCAACGCGUGAACACUGCACCAUGGAAACCCAGAGCAAAUGAGAUCGGCAUAGGUAAUGUGUGGUGUUCGUCAAAUAAUGUAAAAGAAAGUUGGUUGCCAGUGUCGAUUCCACGUUUAAGCGACAGAUUGAGAUUUGACUAUUCAUUUAUUAUUUCUAUCGUUUAAUAAGGAUAAGUAUCAACGAAAUCGAUAGAGUACUCAAUCAUGGCCAUGAUUCCCUUGCCUUACGAGGAUAAUUACCACGUGACUCAUUCUAAGCAAAAAUCGCGAAUAAGUAAACGCAAUAGCAUAGCAUCAACUUUGUUUAAAACACGAUGGAAAACGUACGCAUCUCCCAUUAUUCAUGUUACACUUCAAAGAAAGGACGCUUGAUCUUUGAAGAAAAAGUUGAACGAAAGUAUCGCUACAACUUGCGUUCAAGAAAAUUGCUCACUCACGAGAUUAUCCUUUUACGAUGCAGCAUUGCCUCUACUAAUUUUACCUUGGCUAUCGAACUUUAUUUUAAGUGUUAGCAAUCACGAUUUAAUUGGCGUGAAUCGGAAUCGAUCGUUCAGUUUAUAUCGUAGUGCUUAGCAUUUUAUCGAGGCCGGUAUUUAGCAUUAUCCGCGUUUAGAUUUUAAUCGACCCGUUCAAUUUUGUAUCAAAGUUAUCUCAAUAAAGACUCUUGCCCGUUGAA